AUGUGUCCAGCAACUCCCAACAUUAGUUCGUUGAGCGCAGUAAAACCAAUUACCUACCUAUGUCUAUUCUAUUCACAUCUAUAUUCAUAUCUAUCUAUCUCUAUACAUAUCUAUCUAUAUUCAUCUAUCUAUCUAUCUAUAUACAUAUCUAUCUAUAUUCAUCUAUCUAUCUAUCUAUAUACAUAUCUAUCUAUAUUCAUAUCUAUCUAUCUAUAUACAUAUCUAUCUAUAUUCUUAUCUAUCUAUCUAUACACAUAUCUAUCCAUAUAUUCAUAUCUAUCUAUCUAUCUAUAUACAUAUCUAUCUAUAUUCAUAUCCAUCUAUCCAUCCAUACAUAUCUAUCUAUAUUCAUAUCUAUCUAUCUAUCUAUAUACAUAUCUAUCUAUAUUCACAUCUAUCUAUCUAUCUAUCUAUAUACAUAUCUAUCUAUAUCCACAUCCUAUCUAUCUAUCUAUACAUAUCUAUCUAUAUUCACAUCUAUCUAUCUAUCCAUCCAUCUAUAUACAUUCAUCUCUCUAUUCAUAUCUAUCUCUAUUCAUAUCUAUCUAUCUCUAUUCCACAUCUAUCUCUAUUCAUAUCUAUCUAUCUAUCUAUCUCUAUACAUAUCUAUCUAUAUUCAUAUCUAUCUAUCUAUCUAUCUCUAUACAUAUCUAUCUAUAUUCAUAUCUAUCUAUCUAUCUCUAUACAUAUCUAUCUAUAUUCCAUAUCUAUCUAUCUAUCUCUACAUAUCUAUCUAUAUUCAUAUCUAUCUAUCUAUCUAUAUACAUAUCUAUCUAUAUUCAUAUCUAUCUAUCUCUAUACAUCUAUCUAUAUAUAUUCAUCUCUAUCUAUCUAUCUAUCUUCAUAUCUAUCUAUCUAUAUUCAUAUCUGUCUAUAUUCAUAUCUAUCUAUCUAUCUCUAUACAUAUCUAUCUAUAUCUAUUCAAAUCUAUAUUCAUAUCUAUUUAUCUAUCACUAUUCAUAUCUAUCUCUAUACAUAUCUAUCUAUAUUCAUAUCUAUCUAUCUCUAUACAUAUCUAUCUAUCUCUGGGACAUAUCUAUCUAUAUUCAUAUCUAUCUAUCUAUCUAUCCAUCUAUCCCCCCAUACAUAUCUAUCUAUCCAUCUAUCUCUGACAUAUCUAUCUAUCUAUUUCUAUCUAUCUAUCUAUCUAUAUAUAUAUCUAUCUAUCUAUCUAUCUAUCUAUCUAUUUAUCUAUCUAUCUAUCUCUAUACUAUCAUCUAUCCCUCUAUCUAUCUCUAUACAUAUCUAUCUAUCUAUCUAUCUAUCUAUCUAUCUAUCUAUCUCUAUACAUAUCUAUCUAUCUAUCUAUCUCUAUACAUAUCUAUCUAUCUAUCUAUCUAUCUAUCUCUAUCUAUCUCUCUAUACAUAUCUAUCUAUCUUCUAUCUAUCUAUCUAUCUAUCUAUCUAUCUACUUUCUAUCUAUAUACAUAUCUAUCUAUCUAUCUCUAUGAUAUCUAUCUAUCUAUCUAUCUAUCUAUCUAUCUAUCUAUCUAUCUAUCUAUCUAUCUCCAUUCAUAUCUAUCUAUUUUUUCUUGGUCUCAGUCUAUGCCAAUAUUGAGCUGA